AUGGGUUUUGAAGGAGCUACAAAAAAGAAUAAAUCAAACAUUUAAGUGGGAUAAUUGUUAUAUGCUAGAGUCACUGAAUUGAAUCACUACUUAAAAGGUAAAUUGUCAUGCAUAAAUCCUUAAAGCAAAACGAAAAAUCUAUUUAGAGAAUUAAUCGGUGGAGUGAUUGUAGAUUUGCCUUUGAAUUUUGUGUAAAGUCUAUUAAGUUCCUAAACAAAACCAGAAUUAUUUAAAGUGAUAAGCCAACACUCUAGUUUCGAAAUCUGUGUGGGUAAAAAUGGUAGGAUGUGGGUUAAAGGUCUUGAUGCUGUUUUAAUAAUUAAUUUAUUAAAACGAUGUGCUCCUAUGUAAUUAGAUUAACAAUUAAAUUUGAUAAAUAAAUUUGCAUCUUAGUUUUAAUAAUGA